AUGAGGCCGUGGGUGGCGGUGCUGGCUUUGUGGCCAGUGCUGAGGGGGGCAGCCCGGCCGUCGCCCACCUUUCCGAGCAUCACAGACGAGGCGUUCAUCGAGGAAUGCGUGCGCGUCCACAACGAGCUGCGCAGGAAGGUCCAGCCGCUCGCCAGCAACAUGCGCUACAUGACUUGGGAUGAAGCUUUGGCAAGGACUGCAAGGGCAUGGGCAAAUAAAUGCAUUUUUGAACAUAACGUAUACUUAGAGAAGAAACAUCAGUGCCAUCCUAAUUUCACAUCUGUUGGAGAGAAUAUUUGGGUUGGAAGUCAUCAAAUAUUCAAAGCUGGUGAUGCCAUUAAAUCAUGGUAUAGUGAGGUCAAUUUCUAUACCUUCGCAAAUCAGAAAUGUACUAAGACUUGUGGUCAUUACACUCAGGUUGUUUGGGACUAUUCAUACAAAAUAGGCUGUGCUGUUACUCUGUGUAAGAAAGUUGCAGGAAUACGAAAUGCAGCAAAUUUUGUUUGCAACUAUUCACCAGGUGGUAAUCUUCCAAGAAGACCAUAUAGAGAAGGAAGAUCAUGCAGUAAUUGUGCAAAAGGGGACACCUGUGAAAAUAAACUGUGUAGAAAUCCAGAACGUGACAAGAUUAUCUAUUACCCAGGAUGGUACCCACCUUGGGAGUUCAGAUUUGUGUGCAACGCAGUUUGUAUCACAGUUAUAGCUUUCAGACAAUUGCUGAUGUUUCUCGCUUUUGUGGCUGUUUAUUUUAUAAAGAAACGCUUUGCAAACAUGCAUAUGUCUGCCUAACUGGAUUUGAAAUACAUACUAUCUUCUGAAGAUACUUGGUAAUGAAUUAACAAAAAAGUAAUACUGACAUGACUUUAAAGACAACUUUUUUUUUGACUAUGAUUUUGUUUCCUAUUACUUUAUGCUCCUUAGAGACAGCUAACAUGCCAAAACAAGUGAAAUUAUAUGUGGGUAAAACCCAUAUUGGGAAAAUACUAAGCUAAAGAUAUUACCUGGUAAGGUUUGGAGCCUUAUCUCUUAAAUAUCAAAUUUCUCAAAACACUGAUAUACUCUAUUCCUGGAAUUCAAGGAGAAAAGUAUGUCUCAAUUUAAAAACUGUUACAAUUCAUAUUAUACCAAUAUUUAAAAUGACAAUUGCUUAAUUUUGAUGCUGAGAAAAAGGUAGCAUAUUAAGUACUCAGUGCUGUUUUCUAGAGUAACAGAAUGUUCUGAAUAAAAUGUUUAAGGAAUAUUUUAUAGAAAGAUGGUUCUUCAGUAGUCUGGACAUUUGUGAAGUCAGUGCAACUUGUUAUUUAUAAGCCAAUGUCUUUAUUGUUCCCCAUUCAAAAUGUGAAGCUUUAGAUUUAUUAUUAAGUAUUUUGUUCCUAACUCCCUAUGAUUUU